UUGGUGGUGAUUGGCUGAGUGAAAAACAACAAGUUGCGAGGAAAAGAAACUGACAGGAGACAAAGUGAACAAUAUAAGUUAUAUCUGGAUUAUUAUGAGCUGUUUGAACGUUCAGAACCGGUGAUUAUGAGCUGCGUGGCCGUGAAGCCUCCUUCGGGUGGUAGGUGGAAGGUGGACGUGAUCCGCCAGCUGAAGCGACGGGACCAGAGGCAGCACGAAGCGUUCAGCGACCUGAUCCGGCACUACAGCCGCAUGCUUGAGAAGUCCAGCAUCUCUGCAGGGUUCCUGAGGACUGCCAGGGUCCCAUCAGGCCCGGAGUCCUUGUCUCAGAACGAUCGCCUGAAGACGAUGACCGGAGAGUUGGCGUGCCAGGUGGUGGCUCUUCAGCAGGAGUUGAACAUCAAGCAGAAGGUUCUGGAGGAGCAGCAAAGCAGGUUGGCGGGGGCCCAGCAGGGGGCCUCAGGCGCCCAGGCUGAGGAGCAGGCCCUGCAGGCCCGGGCCGCGGGGGUCCAGGCGGCCAACGCGGGGCUGAAGCGCGAGUACGACGCCCUGCUGCUGCUGCACGCCGCGGCCGACGCCUGCGUCCGUGCGGAGACCCAGCGGGGGGCGGAGCUCCUGGAGGACGUCAUCCGACACAAGCAGCAGGCGGCCGCACGCCUCAACUCCGCCAACGAGAGGCGCUCGCGAGCUCGACAGGUCACCCUUCAGAAGGACCUGCGGGCUGCCCAGGAAACCCCCAUCACCAUGGAUACUCCUGUGUCCACGUCCCCGCCCACGGACCCCCCGGAGAGGGCCCACACACGACUCUUCAGGUCCGCUUCGGCCUCAUCACCUCGCAUCCUGACGUCCAUCAAGGAGCUGUUUGAGAGGAAGAGGCGGGGGAACUCGGUGUGCAGCGUGGACCAGGAGGUGUUCCGUCCAGGCAGGGUGUGCGUCUCGGCGCGCGUUCCUGUCAGAGCGCGCCAUUCACUGGACGCCCACGAGCAAGGCAUCAACGCCGUGCGCUUCAGCUCCAGCUCGGACAUGCUAGCCACAGGAGGGACCGACAGAGUCAUCAAACUAUGGGAUGUCCAAGCAGGCCAGCUGAACCACAGAGGGACCCUAGAUGGCAGUGCUGAGGGAAUCACCAGCAUUGAGUUCGACCAAACAGGAUUCAAGGUACUUGCCGCAUCGUACGACAAAUCGGCCUUGCUAUGGAGAAUAGACGACUCAGUUCCAAAGGUGACCCUCACCGGUCACAGCAGGAAGGUGACGGCGGCGCGGUUCAGAGGCUGCCCCCAGCAGGUGGUGACGGGCAGCGCAGACCGGACCCUCAAACUCUGGGACCUGCAGAAAGCAGCCUGUGUGUCUACUCUGCAGGUGUUCUCCUACUGUAGUGACCUCGUGUGUUCUGAGAAUGCUGUCAUCAGUGGACACUUUGAUGGACAGAUCAGACUGUGGGACACCAGGACUGCCAGCUGUACUCUAGAACUUCCUGCUCAGGGGAAAGUGACAUCACUGGACCUUUGCUCCGACCUCCGCCAGCUCCUCAGCUGUUGCCGUGACGACUGUCUCCAGCUGCUCGACCUAAGGGGCAACAACAGGAUGACCUUGAGAGCUGAGGGGUUUAAGUGUGGCAGUGACAGCACCAAGGCAGUCUUCAGCCCUGACGGGCGCUACGCCGCCGCCGGGUCCGCUGACGGGGGCGUCUACAUCUGGAGCGUAACCAACGGCGACCUACAGACCUGCCUCUCAGGGAAACACAGCGCCUCCAUCAGUGCUGUCUCCUGGUCUCUCUCGGGGGAUUACGUCGUCAGCGUGGACAAGAGUAGGCGGGCUGUCCUGUGGAGCGACAUCUGACCCAGCCAACCAGGACUCACGGGCAGAGGGGGGGCAGUGGUGGGCGCCCCCCUGCUGACGUCAGACAGGGAUGAGGACUGGGGGGGGGGGGGGGGGGGGGGGGGUCUUGGGUCCACAGGGGUCUCAGCUACAGGGGGUCUACAGAUCCUCAGGAAUGCUGACGUCAUGAGACCACUCUGGACCAAUCAGAAGAGGUCUUAUGAGACCACUCUGGACCAAUCAGAAAAGGUCUUAUGAGACCACUCUGGACCAAUCAGGAGGGGUCUUAUGAGACCAUUCUGGACCAAUCAGAAGGGCUCGUCAGUGUACAGAAGAUGCUGUGAAGUGUGUCACUAAUAAAGAGUCUGUUUGGGUUUAUUUGCGUCUGCGCUAUGAUUGGUCCGCCCUGCGGCAGACAGGUCCU